GUUGUCCAAUCUCCAAUCCAUUUUUCCAAAUUGGAAGCAAAGUUUUUACUUCAAAUAAAAGGAAAAGAAGAUUAAUAUUUAAUUAGUUGGCAAUAAAUCGAUAAUCAACAACAUUAACAAGAGGUUGGUGACUCUGUUGUGGCGCAAGACAAUAACCUUCAAACCAAUUCUUCAAAAGCCUAACGCACCUUUCAUCCAAACCAAGCUUCAGAUCCAACGCCUUCAAAUUCAGAUCUGCAACCUUCUCUUUCUCUCAAUCAACCAUCCACAGGUAAAGUUCUAGUCUUCAGUUUAAUCCAAGCCUAAUUAAUUAUAGAGUGGCUAUCGAAGUGCUUUGGAGCUGGUUCUUCUUUUGGACAACUGAAAUAAAGAGGUGAGUUUUGUGCCUGAACAGCGGCCAUGCACUAGCUGUGUUAUGCGCCAAAGUGUACUUAUGUUGUUGGAUUUGGUGGCAAGUGAUGAUAUUAAACAUAAGUUGUAUGGAAGAGUACAUUCAUGGAUAUAACUCGGUAUGCAAUAGGAGAUGGUACAGAGUGAAUUAGAUUCAGAGAAUGGCGAUCUCACAAGGAUUGAUGAUAUUGGCAGUGAAAGCCUAGGUCGUGGCAUUCGUAGAGAACUUUCAUUUUCACGUUGGUGUGAUGAUGAUGGAGGGAUCCAUUUGGAUCAACAAUUAGGUAAUGGAGAUGUUAGUGUAGAAGAAGACUCCGAUUUUGAGUUACCAUUUCCACAAAAGAAUGAGCUGCAGGGCAGAGCUUUAGAUAGAGAGAGAUUCUUUCACCAAAAGUUUCAGCAGAGGAGUAUGCUGAUGAACAGUGCCGGUAGCAUGGAUGAUGAUUCUGUUCAUAGGAGAGUUAAUGUAUCUGAGAAGUAUGUCUCUUUUGACAUUGAGGACAAGUCUGAAAGAGUAACAAAUGGUGUUGAUUCCUACAUUUCUGUGGGUGGUGAUGAGUCAUUGGUAAAAGACUCCCAGAAUCCUAUUCAUGUAGCAAAUAUCUUGAAGACAUUGUUUUUGAUACUUAUGUGGUACACGUUCAGCCUAUUUUUGACCCUGUAUAAUAAAAGUCUAUUAGGAGAUCAUAUGGGAAAGUUCCCAGCUCCUUUUUUGAUGAAUACCAUCCACUUUACAAUGCAAGCUGUUUUAUCAAAAUUUAUCACCUGGUUUUGGUCUCAUAGAUUUGAGACUAAUGUUUGUUUUUCUUGGAGGGAUUACUUUUUGAGAGUUGUACCAACUGCUUUUGGAACUGCAAUGGAUGUUAACUUGAGCAAUGCAUCUCUAGUUUUCAUCUCUAUCACAUUUGCUACAAUGUGUAAAUCUGCUGCUCCAAUUUUUCUCCUUCUGUUUGCUUUUGCUUUCAGGUUGGAGGCACCUAGUGUUAAACUAUCAGGCAUCAUCUUAAUUAUCUCUGUUGGCAUAUUACUAACAGUUGCAAAAGAGACCGAGUUUGACUUUUGGGGAUUCAUACUUGUUAUGCUUGCUGCUGUUAUGUCUGGGUUUCGCUGGUGUAUGACUCAGAUCCUUUUGCAGAAAGAAGCCUACGGUCUGAAAAAUCCACUUGUGCUGAUGAGCUAUGUAACUCCAGUAAUGGCAGCAGCAACUGCCCUUCUUUCUCUAGCAUUAGAUCCAUGGGAUGAAUUCCGAGAAAACAAGUACUUUGAUAAUCCAAUGCAUAUUACUCGAAGUUGCUUUUUGAUGCUUUUUGGUGGCACACUUGCCUUUUUUAUGGUGCUAACAGAAUAUGUUCUGGUCUCAGUAACUAGUGCUGUCACAGUCACAAUAGCUGGGGUUGUUAAGGAGGCCGUCACCAUAUUGGUUGCAGUAUUGUACUUUCAUGAUCAAUUCACUUGGUUAAAAGGAUUUGGUCUAUUAACUAUUAUGGUUGGUGUCAGUUUGUUUAAUUGGUACAAAUACCUUAAGCUUCAGAAGGGCCAUGGAGGUGGCAGUGAAGUGGCAGAGCUUUCAAGAGAUUCUGGAGCCAAAUAUGUUAUUCUUGAGGAGAUGGAUGAACAAGAAGAUGGCAUCUGAUACCAUUAAGGACCAAAUCAUUCAAAGCCAAACAAUGAUCUGUAAAGAGCAAAGACCAGAGGGCACAAAAUAAUCUUCCAGCAACAUGCCAGUUGGCCUGCGCCAUCUCAUCUUUUUGAGACACGUGUUUAUGUUCCCUGUUGGAAUUGUGGUGUUAAAGUUCUUUCCAACUUUCUGAGUAAACCAAAUUUCAAGAUAAAAUGCUCUCCUGCAUUUAACAUCACUUAUAUUCUGUGAAAAAAUAUAUGUACCCUACCAGUUUAGAGAUUUUGGCAUUCUUUGGAGUGAUAAGAUAUCACAACAGGUUGUAAUACAUCAAUUUUUCUCAGUUUUGCUUCCUAGUAUGGAAUUGUAUUUUUCAUCAUGUUACCAGUAUUUUCUUGUAUAUACUAAAUGCAGUUCUUAAUUUCUUAUCAA